AUAGUGGGUGGAGCUUUAUUCAGCAAAUAAGCGUUCGUGAGCGUUCCCCUAAAGCUUUGCUUGGUCGAUGGUGGGGAUGUUAAAAUUCCAACUGAAGCACGAACUGUGGAUCUUCAGUGAAUAAUCGUACGGUGGUGACACGUGCCAAUUGUCCCGAGUCGCGUGUCGCUCGUUUGUAAAUCAUUUUUACUGUAAAUAAUCGUGUCAAUUAAUUUUGAAUGAAUAGUUGAUAAAGAAAUUGUAUCAAAACAAAAAAAUUUUAGUGCUCAAUAUUAUUUUGUGUUGUAACAAGGUAAAAUUGAGAAAUUUGCGCUGGAAUCCCACCGUAUUUUGCGGCCGAAAAUGUUCAACAUGGACAAUAUCGACCUGGACGCAGUUAACAGGCAAUUUUUUUUUGAAUCCACCGGAUUUCUCGGUGGAGGAGGUGGCCAAAGCGGUGGUGGUUCCAGUACUGGAUCUACAAACAGUGGUGAUCUGUUUCUUUAUGAUGAAAAUAGUAGUGAUUCCGUCGGAUCCGGUUAUUCUUUUAAUAGCGACCAAGAAAAUAGUUCUAGUUCUAAAGAAGGUAGAAUUCAUCGACAUAGGCGGCGCAAUAAAUGUCCUCAACAACAAAUUCAACAAAGACAAGCGGCAAAUCUUCGCGAAAGAAAACGAAUGCAAUCUAUAAAUGACGCUUUUGAAGGACUUAGAGCUCACAUUCCCACUUUACCAUACGAAAAACGAUUAUCUAAAGUAGAUACUUUGAAAUUAGCAAUUGGAUACAUAAAUUUUUUAAGUGAGUUGGUUAGAAGUGAUCGAAAUGCGAAUACUGAUUGUUUUAAUGGAACGAAUAGAAAUAGUCAAAGAGAUGAGCCGAAAAAGGUUAUUAUUAGAGGUUCCGGAAGCGUUUAUACGGCUCAUUCUCUUUCGUGGUCACGACAAAAAGAACCCGGUUCUAAUGGAAUUAUGUACGCUAAAGUUUGGACACCAGAAGACCCGAGGACCAAUAAAACCAGUAGUUCUUCGACGUUUUUACAAAAUUAAUAAGAAAUGUUAUUUGUUGAUUAAUCUUAGAAUACUCUUAAAAAUUUUUUUCUAGUCAUUACGAGACUAAUCUAGUCAUGGGAAGAAUUAUUUAUUUUUUAAAAGAUUAUAAUUAAGA